UGUAGCUCAGUGGUAGAGCGCAUGCUUUGCAUGUAUGAGGCCCCGGGUUCAAUCCCCGGCAUCUCCACAGCUUUUAAUCCCACACUCACACUUUUACAGCGCUAAUUAAUACACAUUUCACGAGAUAAUCUGCCGCUCAAACAUGCGCAGACGGCAUUUGGCGACCGAAAUCCACGAAACAGCGAAUUCUCCUUGUUCGUAUUUGCGUCACUCUCCUUGACGACGGUAUCCAGGGCCGGAGCGGUGUUUACCAAAAUGUCUGCCCCCUGAAGACGCUCCGCCAAAGGGCGCCGAGGAGGAGAAUCUUAUUAUAGCGCAUUAUUUCUGCGCCCAUCAGCACCGGCAGCGCCUCUCUUUUCAAAAAGAAAACAUGCAGCUGAAGCACCUGAGGACUCUGCUGACCCCGCAGGAAGGAGCCGCCAAAGUGACUUGCAUGGCUUGGGCUCCGAACAACGCCAAGUUCGCCGUGUGCACCGUGGACAGGGUGGUUCUGUUGUACGACGAACUGGGAGAGAGACGGGAUAAGUUUUCAACGAAGCCUGCGGACUCCAAAUAUGGGAAGAAAAGCUACACGGUCAAGUCCAUGGCAUUUUCUCCAGAUUCCACUAAAAUUGCCAUUGCUCAAACUGACAAUAUAAUAUUUGUAUACAAAAUCGGAGAGGACUGGGGAGACAAAAAAGUUAUUUGCAACAAAUUUGUGCAGACAAGUGCUGUAACAUGUUUGCUUUGGCCAGCAGAACAUUCUAUAGUGUUUGGUCUAGCAGAGGGAAAAAUUCGAGUGGCCAACACAAAAACCAACAAAUCGUCUACAAUCUAUGGAACGGAGUCCUAUGUUGUAUCACUGACCUCGAAUGUCUCUGGGAAAGGAAUUCUUUCGGGCCAUGCGGAUGGGACCGUUGUGCGCUAUUUCUUUGAUGAUGAAGGCUCAGGUGACUCUCAGGGCAAAUUGCUCACACAUCCCUGCCCACCCUAUGCACUGGCGUGGGGAACCAACAGCAUCAUCGUGGCUGGAUGCGAUAAAAAGAUUGUGGCCUAUGGGAAGGAGGGUCACGUCCUGCAGACGUUCGAUUACAGCCGAGAUCGCUCAGAGAAGGAGUUCACUGUGGCCGCUACCAGCCCCAGCGGUCAGUCAGUAGUCCUGGGCAGUUACGAUAGAUUGAGGGUUUUCAACUGGAGCCCUCGAAGAGCUGCUUGGGAUGAGGCUUCUCCCAAAGAAAUUCCCAAUCUGUACACCAUCACAGCUCUGGCCUGGAAGAAAGACGGCUCUCGGCUCUGCGCAGGCACGCUGUGCGGUGGAGUGGAGCAGUUUGACUGCUGUCUUCGCAGAAGCAUCUACAAGAACAAAUUUGAGAUGACGUAUGUGGGCCUGAGUCAGGUGAUCGUGAAGAACCUCUCUACAGGCACACGAGUGGUGCUGAAGUCACAUUAUGGCUAUGAGAUCGACGAGGUAAAGAUCAUGGGGAGAGACCGCUACCUGGUGGCGCACACCUCCGACACUCUGCUGCUGGGAGACCUCAGCUCCAACAGACUCAGUGAGGUGGCGUGGCAGGGCUCUGGAGGAAAUGAAAAGUUCUUCUUCGAGAAUGAAACAGUUUGUAUGGUUUUCAAUGCUGGAGAACUGACCCUGGUGGAGUACGGUAACAACGAGAUCCUGGGAUCUGUUCGCACUGAAUUUAUGAACCCACACCUUAUCAGUGUGCGUCUGAAUGAGAGGAGGCAGAGAGGAGUGGAGGAUAACAAGAAGUUGGCCUAUCUAAUCGACAUCAAAACCAUCGCCAUUGUGGACUUGGCUGGUGGUUAUAACCUGGGGACUGUUAGCCACGACUCCAAGAUUGACUGGCUAGAGUUGAAUGAGACUGGUCGCAAGUUGCUCUUCAGGGACAAGAAGCUUCGGCUGAAUCUGUUUGACAUUGAAAGCGGUGUAAAGACCACCGUGCUGAGCUUUUGCUCCUACGUUCAGUGGGUGCCAGGCAGCGAUGUGGUGGUGGCUCAGAACCGUGGGAACCUCUGUGUGUGGUACAACAUCGACAGCCCUGAGAGGGUCACUAUGUUCCCUCUGAGAGGGGAUAUAGUGGAUCUAGAGAGAACCAAUGGCAAAACAGAGGUCAUCGUGACGGAAGGAGUGAACACAGUCUCUUACACACUGGACGAAGGACUGAUCGAGUUUGGAACCGCCAUUGAUGAUGGAGAUUAUCACAGAGCCACUGCAUUCCUGGAGACGCUGGAAAUGUGUGCUGAAACAGAAGCUAUGUGGAAGACGUUGAGCAAGCUUUCUCUUGAAGCACGGCAACUGCACAUCGCUGAGAGGUGCUUUGCAGCCUUGGGUGACGUAUCCAAAGCUCGCUUUUUGAAUGAAACCAACAAAAUUGCUGAUUCCAUCUCUAAGGAAUUUGGUGGUGAUGGCACAGAACAUUACCAAGUGAAAGCCCGCUUAGCUAUGUUGGACAAGAACUACAAACUGGCUGAGAUGUACUACAUGGAACAGAACGCAAUAGAUGAGGUGAUGGAAAUGUACCAGGAGCUGCACAUGUGGGAUGAAUGCAUAGCAGUGGCUGAGGCCAAGGGUCAUCCAGAGCUGGACAAUCUGCGGCGCAGUUACUACUCCUGGCUGAUGGAGACCAAUCAGAAUGAGAAAGCAGGGGAAGUGAAGGAAAGCGAGGGUGACUAUAUGGGGGCUGUCAACCUGUACCUGAAAGCAGGGCUUCCAGCCAAGGCUGCCUGGCUUGCCAUGAGCAGGGAUGAGCUCCUGGCCAGCAGUGAUGUCAUCAACUGCAUCACUGCUGCCCUCAUCAAAGGGGAGUUCUAUGAGAGGGCAGGUGACCUAUUUGAGAAGAUUAAAAAUAACCAGCGGGCUCUGGAUUGUUAUCGUAAAGGCAGCGCUUUCAGGAAAGCUGUGGAGCUGGCACGUGUUGCCUUCCCUUCAGAAGUGGUGAAGCUGGAGGAGGCAUGGGGAGACUACCUGGUCCAGCAGAAGCAAAUGGAUGCUGCCAUCAACCACUACAUAGAAUCGGGGUGCUCUUCCAAGGCGGUGGAGGCGGCCAUCGGGGCGCGGCAGUGGAAGAAAGCGCUGCAUAUCGUGGAGCUGCAGGAGGACAGAUCUUCUGCCAAGUACUACCUGAAGAUUGCCCAGCACUACGCCUCCAUACAGGAGUUUGAGGUAGCAGAGCGCCUGUUUGUGAAGGGAGACCACAUCAAAGAUGCCAUUGACAUGUACACUCAAGCAGGGCGAUGGGAGCAAGCACACAAGCUUGCUGUGAAGUGCAUGACUCAAGAGGAAGCGUCUUCUCUCUACAUCAGCCGAGCGUACGAGUUAGAGAAGGAGGGAAAGUACAAAGAGGCUGAAAGGCUGUUUGUCACGGUCAGUGAGCCCGAUUUAGCGAUCACUAUGUACAAGAAGAACAGGAUGUAUGAUGACACAAUCCGUCUGGUAGCCAGACACCACAAAGACCUGCUGCAGGAGACGCACAUUCACUUAGCCAAGGAGCUGGAGGUUGAAGGACGCUUUCAGGAGGCUGAGUAUCACUACAUCGAGGGCCAGGACUGGAAGGCUGCAGUCAACAUGUAUGGCACUAAUGAUAUGUGGGAGGAAGCCUAUCGGGUGUCAAAGAGCCAUGGGCCAGCCAGCGCUCAUAAGCAGGUGGCUUACCUCUGGGCCAAGAAUCUGGGGGGAGAGGCAGCUGUCAAACUGCUUAACAAGUUCGGCCUCCUGGAGACAGCCAUCGACUUUGCAGCGGAAAACCGUUCAUUUGACUUUGCCUUUGAACUGGCUCGACUGUCCAUGAAAGAGAAGAUUCCUCAGAUCCACCUGAAGAACGCCAUGUUCCUGGAAGAUGAGGGCAAGUUCAACGAAGCAGAGGUGGAGUUCAUCAAAGCAGGCAAGCCGAAGGAGGCCGUGAUGAUGUACAUCCAUAUCCAAGACUGGAGCGGAGCCCAGAGAGUGGCCGAGGCCCAUGAUCCGGACAGCGUGGCAGAUGUGCUAGUGGGCCAAGCCAAAUGCUGUUUUGAGCAGAAAGACUUCCAAAAAGCAGAGGCCUUUCUCCUUCGGGCCCAGAGGCCUGAACUGGCCAUCAAGUACUACAAAGAUGCCGAGAUGUGGAGUGACGCUAUGCGCAUCUGUAAGGAGUAUCUUCCCAAUAAGCUGGGCCUCCUCCAAGAAGAGUACGAGAAAGAAGCAGCAAAAAAGGGGAAACGGGGAGUGGAGGGCAUGGUGGAGCAGGCUCGCGAGUGGGAGCAGUCGGGUGAAUAUGCCAGGGCAGUGGACUGUUACCUGAAGGUGAAGGACUCGUCCAACGCUGCCCUGUUGGAGAAGUGCUGGAUGAAGGCAGCAGAACUGUCUAUCAAGUUUUUGUCACGAGAAAAAGCCAUCGAUGUGGUUCAGGCUGUUGGCCCACGCUUGGUGCAGCUUAGAAAAUACAGUGCGGCUGCCGAGCUCUACCUCAACCUGGACCUCAUUAAGGAAGCUGUAGACGCAUUCAUCGAGGGGGAAGAAUGGAACAAAGCCAAGAGAGUGGCCAAAGAGCUAGAUCCAAGGUUGGAAGGAUAUGUCGACCAGCGCUACAAAGAACACCUGAAAAACCAAGGCAAGGUGGACUCACUGGUUGGCGUGGACGUCAUGGCUGCUUUAGACAUGUAUGUGGAGAGGGGUCAGUGGGAGAAGUGCAUCGAUACUGCAUCCAAACAGAAUUUUAAGGUCCUGCAUAAAUACAUCGCUCUGUACGCCACUCACCUGAUCAAAGAGGGCGAAGCAGAGAAAGUGCUCAGCUUGUAUGCCCAGCAUGGAGCGCCAGCAAACCCACAGAACUUCAACAUCUACAAGCGCUUGUUCCUAGAGCUGAUGAGUCUGCGCGACAGGGACAGCGCCGAGGCCUAUCGGAUGUGGGCCGACCUGAGAGAUGUUCUGCACUUGCUGUGUGAGAACCUGACAAAGUCCUCAGAAGCCAACUCUCCAGCCCACGAGGACUUUGAGCAGAUGCUAGUGAUAUCUCACUAUUACGCUACCCGCUCAGCAGCCAAGGGCAUCGACCAACUGAGUACUUUGGCGGCCAAGCUGUCCAUUUCGCUGCUCAGGCACACAGAGUUCAUUCCAGCAGACAAGGCUUUUUAUGAGGCAGGCAUGGCUGCCAAGGCUGUUGGGUGGGAGAACAUGGCCUUUAUUUUCCUCAACCGCUUCCUGGAUUUGGCGGAUGGUAUUGAUGAGGGGACGCUGGAUGCCUUAGACCACACAGAUUUUCAGGACACAGACAUUCCUUUUGAAGUCCCGCUGCCGUCUAAGCUCCACGUCUCUGUGGAGAAGAGAGAAGAGAUCAGGGAUUGGGUUCUGACCGUAUCCAUGGACCAGCGGGUGGAGCAGGUCUUGCCCAGAGACGAGAGGGACACUUAUGAGGCCUCGUUGGUGGCUGCCAACACCGGCAUCCGCUCCCUGCCCUGCGUCAUCACAGGUUAUCCUGUCCUCCGCAGUAAAAUCGAUUUUAAGAGACCAGGCAUGGCGGCCAACAAGGACGACUGGAAUAAAUUCCUGAUGGCGACGAAGACCACUCACAGUCCAGAGUGUCAGGACGUCCUGAAGUUUAUCGCCCAGUGGUGCGGGGGUCUUCCAUCAGCCGGCUACUCCUUCCAAUAAGAUAACUACUUCCUCUCUCUCGCCCUCUCUCUCUCUCUUUCUCUCUCUCUCCCUCUCUCUCUCUCUCUCUCUCUCUCUCUCUCUCUCUCUCUGUCUUCCUUUUGUUUUCCUCUUUCACUCCCACUCCCCACCUGCUCCAUUCAGACGUUUAAUUUGCUUUACACUCUGCUGCUUCGAAAAACAAUAUGCUCCUCUUCUCCUCAUCCGUUCUGCUUUUGUUACCUGUUAAAUUCUUUGAAGGUCCAUUUCUUUCAUCUGCUCAGUUCAUUUCGACUCCUGCAGGUCAUGAAGGCGUUGUUUUUGUUUUAUUUUAGUAUAUAUGUGUGAAUGCAUGUACACGUGUACUGAUCUCUGAUGGUAACUUCAGUAUACCUGCAGCCUUUGACUUACCUGCCUAAAGUAGGCCUCAGUCAUAUAAAGCUCCUAUAAAAUAUUUGGGUUCUUGCACAUCUAUAUACACAUUUGUAUAUUUAUAUAUUAACAUUAAAUAACCAAAUAAAAGAUUAGUAUUUCA